UCUCACACACACACACACUCACUCACACAGACACACACACACAUACACACACACACUCUCACACACACACACACUCUCACACACACACACACACACACUCACACACACACACACACACACACACUCUCACACACACACACACACACACUCACUCACACAGACACACACACACAUAAACACACACACACACACACAUACACACACACACUCUCACACACACACACACACACACCACCAAUAAUGAGAUCGAAACGCAAGUCGCUAAUAAACCCCGUCCUUACGCUCACUAGUUACCAGAAGAUCCCUCCUACUCGCUACAUUAUAUUAAUCUUGUUUAUUACGACCUUAAACGUUUAACUUUGAUUUAGUGUGGCCUAUUGGUUCAUAAGGUGUGAUCGGCGCGAUGAUGAGGUGUUGCUAAAGCUUGCUUGAAAACAUACUUUAUUUUUGUAAUUCGGUUUGGUGCUAGAAAUUAAACACUUCAUCUUUAAAAGUGUAUUUUUUGUUGUUAUUGAUCAAUAACUGGCUGUAUUUAAAGAGACUGGAUUGUGAAUGUUUCUCCCCUCAGGAGAAAAAGAGGUUGGCGAUUUGUUUCGAUAUUCAGGAUUGUGAGGACUACAAACCAUGCCUCCAAGACCGUCCUCGGGAGAACUAUGGGGCAUCCAUUUGAUGCCCCCCAGGAUUCAGGUGGACUGUUUGCUGCCCAAUGGCAUCAUCCUGACGCUGGAGUGCCUCCGAGAGGCCACGCUCAUCACAAUCAAACAUGAACUGUUUAAGGAGGCGAGGAAGUGCCCUCUUCACCACCUGCUGCAGGAGGAGACCUCCUAUAUUUUCGUCAGCGUAACGCAAGAUGCGGAGCGCGAGGAGUUCUACGAUGAAACGAGGAGACUUUGCGAUCUUCGGUUAUUCCAGCCCUUCCUGAAGGUCAUCGAGCCUGUAGGAAACAGAGAGGAGAAAAUCCUCAAUCGAGAAAUCGGUUUUGCCAUCGGCAUGCCGGUGUGUGAGUUUGAUCUAGUGAAGGAUUCUGAGGUGCAAGACUUCCGGAGAAAUAUUCUUAAUGUCUGCAAAGACUCGGUGGAACUGCGAGAUGUCAUCGGGCUACACAGUCGAGCGCUAUACGUUUAUCCUCCUAACGUAGAGUCCUCGCCGGAGCUUCCAAAGCACAUAUACAGCAAAUUAGACAAAGGUCAAAUCAUCGUGGUUAUCUGGGUGAUCGUCUCCCCCAACAAUGACAAGCAGAAGUACACGCUGAAGAUCAAUCAUGAUUGUGUACCUGAGCAGGUGAUCGCCGAAGCCAUCAGGAAGAAAACCCGGAGCAUGCUGCUGUCAGCCGAGCAGCUGAAGAUGUGUGUGCAGGAGUAUCAGGGCAAGUACAUCCUGAAGGUCUGUGGUUGUGACGAGUAUCUUCUGGAGAAGUACCCCAUCAGUCAGUACAAGUAUGUACGGAGUUGCAUUAUGCUGGGUCGCAUGCCAAACCUCAUGCUUAUGUCCAAGGACAGUCUUUAUUCCCAGCUGCCCAUGGACAACUUCACCAUGCCCUCCUACGCCCGCCGCAUCUCCACCGCCACGCCUUACAUGAACGGCGAGGCCUCCACCAAAUCUCUCUGGACCAUUAACAGCACUCUAAGGAUACGUGUCCUCUGCGCCACAUACGUUAAUGUGAAUAUCCGGGACAUUGACAAGAUUUAUGUGCGAACAGGGAUCUAUCAUGGUGGAGAACAGCUGUGUGACAAUGUAAACACUCAACGUGUCCCGUGUUCCAACCCGAGAUGGAACGAGUGGCUGACCUAUGACAUGUACAUUCCUGAUGUCCCACGGGCGGCUCGACUCUGUCUGUCCAUCUGCUCUGUGAAAGGAAGGAAGGGGGCAAAAGAGGAGCACUGUCCGCUGGCCUGGGGAAACGUCAACCUGUUCGACUACACGCACACUCUGGUGGCAGGGAAGAUGGCGCUGAAUCUGUGGCCGGUACCACACGGCCUGGAAGACCUCCUCAACCCGAUUGGUGUCACGGGAUCCAACCCUAACAAGGAAACGCCCUGUCUCGAGCUGGAGUUCGAUUAUUUCAGCUCUCCUGUGAAGUACCCUGACAUGGCCAACAUCGAGGAUCACGCCAACUGGAUAAUAUCCAGGGAGAUGGGAUACAAUUACUGCCAGUCUGGACAGAGCAGCAGACUGGCACGAGAUCACGCCAUGACGGAGACUGAUAUAGAGCAACUUCGGCAGCUGAGCAACAGGGACCCGCUUUCUGAGAUCACUGAGCAGGAGAAAGACUUCCUCUGGAGACACAGGCAGUAUUGUGUAAACAUACCAGAUAUCCUGCCAAAGAUCCUUCUGGCGGUGAAGUGGAACUCCCGCGAUGAAGUCGCACAGAUGUAUUGCCUUCUUAAAGACUGGCCGGCGAUAAAGCCAGAACAAGCCAUGGAGCUGCUGGACUGUAACUAUCCUGAUCCAAUGAUUCGAGACUUUGCAGUUCGGUGUCUUGAGAAGUACCUGACCGAUGACAAACUCUCUCAGUACCUCAUUCAGUUGGUCCAGGUUUUGAAGUACGAGCAGUAUCUGGAUAAUCCGCUGGUGCGAUUCCUGCUGAAAAAAGCUCUUACCAACCAGAGGAUCGGACACUUCUUCUUUUGGCAUUUGAAGUCAGAGAUGCACAAUAAAACGGUGAGUCAGCGGUUCGGUCUGCUGCUCGAGUCGUACUGCCGGGCGUGUGGCAUGUACCUGAAGCACCUGAGCAGACAGGUGGAAGCCAUGGAGAAGCUCAUCAACCUCACAGACAUCCUCAAGCAGGAGAAGAAGGAUGAGACUCAGAAGGUGCAAAUGAAGUUCCUGGUGGAGCAGAUGAGGAGACCCGACUACAUGGAUGCCCUCCAAAAUUUCACCUCUCCACUCAACCCCGCCCACCAGCUGGGUAACCUGCGACUUGAAGAUUGUAGGAUCAUGUCCUCAGCCAAGAGACCGCUGUGGCUCAACUGGGAAAACCCUGACAUCAUGUCCGAACUUCUCUUCCAGAACAAUGAGAUCAUCUUCAAGAACGGAGAUGACCUGCGGCAGGACAUGCUAACCCUUCAGAUCAUCAGGAUAAUGGAGAACAUUUGGCAAAACCAGGGGCUGGACCUGAGAAUGCUCCCGUACGGCUGUCUGUCUAUUGGAGACUGUGUGGGUCUCAUAGAGGUGGUGAGGAGUUCUCACACCAUCAUGCAGAUUCAGUGUAAGGGAGGCCUGAAGGGGGCGCUGCAGUUUAACAGUUCAACGCUGCAUCAGUGGCUGAAGGACAAGAACAAGGGCGAGAUGUACGAUCUGGCGGUCGAUUUAUUCACACGAUCCUGCGCUGGCUAUUGUGUGGCCACCUUCAUUCUGGGCAUCGGUGACAGACACAACAGCAACAUCAUGGUGAAGGACGACGGGCAGCUGUUUCAUAUAGAUUUCGGUCACUUUUUGGACCACAAGAAGAAGAAGUUUGGCUACAAGAGAGAGCGAGUGCCGUUCGUCUUGACUCAAGACUUCUUAAUAGUGAUCAGCAAAGGAGGAACACAAGAGUGCACUAAAACCAGAGAGUUUGAGAGGUUCCAGGAGAUGUGCUACAAGGCUUACUUGGCCAUCAGACAGCACGCCAACCUGUUCAUCAACCUCUUCUCCAUGAUGCUGGGCUCGGGCAUGCCAGAGCUGCAGUCCUUCGAUGACAUCGCUUACAUCCGCAAGACCCUGGCGCUGGACAAAACCGAGCAGGAAGCCCUGGACUAUUUCAUGAAGCAGAUGAAUGACGCUCACCACGGCGGAUGGACCACCAAGAUGGACUGGAUCUUCCACACCAUACGCCACCACGCCCAAAACUGAACCGAAGCGGCGGGACAUAGUGCCUGUAUGACGGGCCAAACCGAGACCCUUAUUCUAGGGCACGCUGCCUGAUGGGGAAUUACAGCACCCACCCAAACCUCAUGUACAAACGCGUCUGAUCUCCAGCAUUGUCCAUUAUAGUCUCGUUCCCCCUCGUGCUGCUCUUUUCCUGGAGAGUCAAUUCUUCUAAUUAAUAUUUAUGAUGGGUGUUUUUGUGUGGGGAAAAAAAACGUUGUUGGAGAAAAGCGUUCUGUACUUUUCAGCAGCUUUUGCAGGAACGCUUACGUCUUCCUGUUUAAAACGACAAAUGCCUUUGAAUAUGCGCGCAACUCUCCGAGAACACUCUGGAAAACAGGGUUUGGCUUGCUGCCUAGCCUUUGUUUUCCAAACCAACACUAAUCCCCUGACAGACAAUGGAGACGUUGCGGCGCGAAACUGAUGGUGCUGAUCUUCGUCAAGACGCUGAAGUGUUUCGUGUUUGUUGAGUUCACUCCGCCGCACAGAGACGGAUGAUACGCUUUCUUCCUUACAUGCACAGCGAGCGGAAACGAUUAUGCACUGGAUGAAUCUACUCACACUCUCACAUAGUAGCACUACACACUUCUCAAGAUAACACUCUUAUCUAACGCCGCAGUUCCUCUGGCGCUCGACCGAGAGAGACGAGACCGGACAUAAUGCAGAUAUAUAUGCAACACAAGUCAGCGAUGGCACACAAUUCUUUGCCAAUCUGUCCUACACAACACCAAAAACUCAGAUGACUGCCCUCAAUCCUAAACGUGCAUUUUGACUCAAAGAUGAUCUACCACUGUCAUUGGCCAUGGGGUCUCUCAAUAGUCAAAUAUCCACCCACGAAUCGUCCUGGCCAAUAUAUAUAUGUGUCCGUCCACUAGUUGGGCGUAUUUGAAUAGUUUGUCCCAUAGAUGAAUGAUGUUUUCCUGUUUCCAGCAUGCAGAAUAGCAGAGUACACUACAGUGCACUACACAUAGUAUACUGGAUGUGUGCGGACGGUCUGUCCUCCUGAAAGACGUGUCGUGAAGUGAAUGUCUCAGAUGUUCAGAUGGGUUGAGCUAACAAGACCGCACACACACAGUAUAUCAUGUGUAAGUAAUUAGGGCUAAUUUAGGGCUUCGGUGGAAUGAAGUGUCUUGCACAAACGGAGCGUUCUCCUUCAAUGGCAAAAACAGGAAGACGGCGCCCUCUGUGGUCGGGUUAAGUGCCUUGCUUGGGGCCGACAGUUCCAGCUGCUCCCGCUACGAUCACGUCCUCAAUUCCCGAACAAACAAGCACUCCGGCAUCAGCACCAUCUGGCCUGGUGUUUCACGAGAUCCUCUCGUCAUUCAGUCUAAACGCCCGUCAUGUUUCUGCAUUACUUUAAAGCUGUGAAAAUGUACAAAUGAGGUGCAAUCGUGCUAUUUAAAUGGAUAAAUCGCUACUAUAUCUUGCACACCUUUUUAUGUUGUUUUGUUCUCGUCGCAGCUCAGUGUGACAAUGAUCAUACCCGCAUAACCGCCUGAAACGUAAAUGAUCAUAAACGAACCGUUUUUAUGUAGGAAAGGACACGCGCUCGUUUACACGUUACAAUCUCAUGAGGGUUUGUGCUGAAACAAUCUGAAAGAGCGAUCUGAAAUGUGAGUUUUCUGCUUAGACUCAUCAUCUGAACCAGUGUGAAAAUAUCGAAACCUCUUUAAAUCAAGAGACGUGUUCAUGAGAAGCCCAAUUGUGUACGAUAAGGUCAAACCGAGUGUUGUUUAUGCUCAAAACGAGAAAUGCAAUCAGCCACUGGUGUAAGAAAACACAACAAGACUUGUACAUUUUAGCUUCUCAACUACAUGAACCUUUAGGUUUAGGAGUGAUUAAUAAAAGGAUUUCCCGCCUGUGAUUUGCUGUUGUAGUUUUCUGCACUUCUGCGUUCAUUCGUAUCUCUGCAGUAAACACGUGAACAGAUAUCCACAUGCGUCAGACUGAUGUGUGCAGGUGUUUCGUGUUGCCUUCAGUCCUGUGGGACACUUUAAUCUCCUGCAUGUGUUUAAGCAGCUCUUUUACUAGCUUGAAUCAGCUGCUGUAGAAGUUAGUGACGGUCAGCAGCUUCUAUUCGCUCUCCGAAAGCCAUUUAAUGCAUGCUUCUGUUCAAUCGUUGUGUCGUCGUCUGUACAGGCUACAGAUCUUGGGCUGGACCCGCUGAAAACAAGCCCAUUCACAAUCUUUCUAAUUGACCUUUUUUAAAUGGUUUAACGACUCACUUGCAUUAUCUAUUGAGAUGCAGAAGUGUCCUGGAGUCUUUUGUAUGGCAAAGGAAAAAGGAGUAAAUAGUAGGAGUUAAACAAGACAAUGUUUAAUAAGAUUCAGUUGUACUUGAAUAUCAUUGUUGGAACCGUGUUUGCGUGUCCAUGUUACAUCGCACUGAAGGUUCACAUGCUUAGGCAAUUUCAUACCGAUGAUGAAUGUUUCAAUGGUUUGCUCAUGAGAAUCUGCUACACUAAUAAAAAGUUACAAAAUAAAGACCAUUUGAAUUGAGAGGAAACCCAAUUGUACACGUGUUUGAAGACUGUCGGGAGGAUGUAAUAAAGGUCAAAGCGGUUUUCUGUGCUUUUCUGAAAUGGUUGGCGUAGUUACAUUUAUCUCUCUGUAACACUGUUGCAUUUUACUCAUUAUGUGUUGAUGUCAUAGAGAUAUCGUUUUCUUUACUAUCACCAUUAUGAAAUUAUAUAAAACGGGCCAAAUACUUUUCUUUACCUGCAUCCUUGCAUGAGGUUCAAAAGUAAAAUAUACAACGGAGUAAAAAAUAUGGAAAGAAGUCAAACUUCACAAAGUUGCCCAAGUAUUUUUGUUGAUCAUUUGUCAUUUGGGGGAUUUUUGGCCUGUGACUGCAUUCAGCACAAACAUCUAUUUCUGUUCAGUUUCAUUGUGCACUUCAGUUCAAGAGUCGCUUUGUAUUCAGUCUGUCUUAUGUGACUAUGUACAAAUAAACGUAUUUCAAGAACAUUUUCCUGAUUAUAGCUGAUGUCUCGCAUGCACAUUCACAUUUUUGGGGUUCAAGUCAUAUGGUAUAUUGUACUUUAUUAUUAUUAUUAUUAUUGAAAUACAAAUAGUGGGAUUUUCUGCACUGUGCAAACACAAUAAUUAAUAAAAAUAAAUAAAAAUCUUCCUCUAUGGUGCAUUCAAAAAUAUUUUCUUUUCUAUAUUUUAUAUCUAAUUUAUCUCUUUGGUGUAUUAAAAACAUCCCUCAAAAUGUUCACUUUUGUCUUUCUUGUUUGUUCUAACGAGUUGCUAGUUAAAGACUACAAAUACCACAAGCAUGUGAGUGAAUGUGCCUGACAGAACAGAAAACUGUUGUAGUUCUUCUUUAGUAUCUUGUGUGAAAAGGCCUUUCCCAAUUUAUAAAUGAGAACAUUGUAAAAGAUGUUUGUUUAUUUAUUGGGGAAAAAUGUGUUGUUUGUUUAUUUUCACCUGGGACACAACAGGGAUCAAAUGGAAAGACAAAAUGUAUUUAAUUAAUCUCUUUAUUUUGUUAUAAACAAAAUUUUACAUAAAUAAAUGCAAAUUUUCUG